AUGGCAACUGACGCCAAUUGCAUCUUCUGUAAGAUUAUCGCCGGAAAGAUUCCAUCGAAAAAGCUAUAUGAGACAGACAAAACUUUUGCAUUCUUGGAUAUCGGACCAAUUGCGCCAAAACAUUGUCUAGUCAUUCCAAAGUAUCAUGGAGCAAAAUUGACCGAUAUUCCUGAUGAACACUUGCAAGAACUUUUACCCAUUGCUAAGAAAUUAGCAAAAGCAAGCGGAGCAGAACAGUACAAUAUUCUACAAAAUAACGGUCGUUUGGCUCAUCAACAAGUCGAUCAUGUUCAUUUCCACAUGAUCCCCAAGCCAAGCGAAGAAAGUGGUUUGGUCAUCGGCUGGCCCACCCAACAGCCCACUCAAGAGGCUUUGCAGAAGGCAUACGAUGAAAUCAAAGAGAAGCUCUAAAUUCUUGCCCUUUAUGCUCGAUAAUGGUAUAUGAUAUUAAUUGAAAG